CAACACACUCUUCCCCCCAGGAUAAACAAGCUGGGAAGCCUUACGAGGUUUACUUCGAGGUAAUUCAGCAAUCACCCUCCGGCAUGGGAGCGGGCUUGCGCUGAUUCGACGAAACUCCCGCUCUCUCCCACCUCCCCCGCCGAGGCGUCGAGCACCCUCCGAGUCCCAAUUUGCGGCUUUUCGUCACCCCCUCCCGGAUCAACCAUGGCUCUAAUCCAGAUGAGGGAGCUGUUGCAGUUCCCCGACAACGGGGACAAUGCAACCGACACCGUUAUCAAUGGCAUCCAUUUCAACCGCAGCGCGCUGCACCACUUCAACUACACACUCUAUUCCAACGGAACGCUGUCGAACGGAUCGAACUGCUGGCUUGCUUUCCAGAUGUACAAACCGAUCAUGUUUUCCAACGGCACCUUUAUCAACGGUACAUCGUGCUAUUCUCCGAUCGAAGGCGUUGGGACGCGAGGCAGUAUCGGAAUCGCGUUUGCGUCGAUGUUCGCUCUCACCAUCCUAUUCUCGCUGAUCAACCUUCGGAAGCACGGCCGGAGAUACUUGCCUGUAGAUAAGAGAUGGAGCUUGGUAGGGCGGAGAUGGCAAUGGUACUGGAUGCUCUUCGUCGGUGCAUGUGGAACGAUCAGUUGCUUCAUGAGCAUCGAUGUCGAUCGGGAUUACCUACAAGGCCUUGCGAUCAUCCUGCAGAGCUUCUUCUAUUAUUUGACGCUUCCAACGGUGUUGGCAGCUGUAUGGGAAAGCGUUCGGCAUUGGGGCUCGUGGCAGGAGCGCCAAAUCCAGGACCGCGAUAAUUUCGCCUUCGCUGCUGAAACGACACGAGAGAAACAGGAAUUUUAUCUACCGCUGAUAUUCUAUCUCUUUGCGUUUCUGAAUUUCUUCUUAACCAUUCCAAGAUCGUGGACGAAUGUACAGAAGCAGCGGAGCGAAGACCAGCAGGAAAGUUUGGCGAAACCAACCGCAACCGAUGGUCGUUUCAAGUCCGCAAGUAUUCUGGUGGCUGUCUGCUUGUUCCUCAUCUGCUACAGCCUUGGCCACAGCCUAUACAGGUAUAAACACCGUCCACAGGGACGCGUAUGGGUCGCCUUCUACCUAACCAUCAUACCGUUCAAAUUCAUCAUUACGAUCCUUCUUGCUGGGGCGCGAAUUGGGUUCGGUAUUGCAUCAGCCUUCAAUUGGACUAUAUCACCCUUGAAAUAUAACGGUGAACCAGGAUGGCUGUAUGGACUCGGCUAUACUCCUGUUCUGCUUAUUCUAAUAAUCUUGAACAUCUACGGCUAUCUCGAUCGUAACGAGGAUAAGGAGCUUAUCCGUCAGCGCGUGGAACGUGGUCGUAUUGCAGAUAACGAACUAGGGAUUGACCGGAAGAACAGGAAGCCGCACUGGUGGCACCGAUCGAGGACCGACUAUACACCCAGUACUCUCGGUCUGGAUGCAGAUGAAAGAUUGCGGACUCUUGUUGCGGAAGUGGGCGGUGGCACGGCGACGAAGAAAAACCUUCAGAAGAUGGUUGAAAUGGGCGUCCUCAAUCCUACCAAGUAUAGAGACGAUGAUCCGCCUGAAGAACUCCCGGUAGAGGAGCCUUCCGCGGAAUUUGAAUGGCCACGAAAAGACAGAUUUGUUGUUAUGGAUGAAGAGGAAAACAAGCCGGAAGCCUCACAGGGUAGCAGUAUACCACCAGGCCCGAAACCUGAAGCUUCGCCUACACUAAGCCGUGCGAACAGUCAUAACACGGCAUUUUCUGGAGAAACACUUACGUCUCAAGCCAAAUCUCAUAGAGUCAGAAGCAUGUUAGAUAUCUGAAAACGAGAAUGUGGUUGGUAUUUGUGAUGAUCUCGAUGUGUAUAUAGUUUUUAUUUUCUUGGGUUUCUUUUUAGCUGAUACUCCGGAGCAAAAAACGCGUGUAGGUAGAAACAAUAUGACUUCAUGAUUUGACGCUAUAUUGAUGACCGCAUGAAGUAGAAGUUAGGUAGCCAGUGCUUAUCACGCCGCGGUGGCAGUCCUCUGAUACAAGGGAGCAGGCACGCAACGGCGCCUCUUGCGGGGAUCUUCACUAGUCGUUAAACUCCAUCAGGAUAGGUGGCCGAAACGGCGAAGGGGUCAAUAAGGAUAAACCCCACUGAUCGUCAGAGGGAAACGGUAUUCCGAGAGCAUCCCCGGUUCUCCAGCCACCGUUCCGGCCGGCCUUGUCCGGUAGCGUAGGGUUAGUGCUGCUACACCAAGAAAUUGGCAAGCGAGGAAGACAAAACUGCAAUUUUGAUCCAGAGUGCUAGAAAUCCCCCUCAAUUUUCUUUUUCAAGUAGCAUCCGUGAGGCUUGUCCUCGAGUAAGGUUUGUCUCGCGAUCUGCGUAAAAACAUCAGAGUGCAGACCAGGGACUUUGAAGGACAAACCCCCAGACGUACUAUAAGUGCAAGGAACAGGGGAUGGGAAGGAGAAGGAGAACAAACUGACACACUUCGAAAUGAUCGACAUUUUCGUGGGAUGUGACACUGAAUUUAAGAUUUUUAGGAUUUUCUCUGCUACUUAUGUGUCUUAUCACAUGCCGUGGGAGAGUCGACCCAGAUUUCUUGUGUUUUAG